CAGUCUCACGGCAGGAGUCAGUGAGUGGGACCAGUCGCUGCCGGCGUGUGUGUGUCUCACAUUGAGGACACAGUUGCGAGCCGGUGCUGCUGGCAGUGAGAGAUUAGAGAGGACUGAGGACGGUCUGGAGUGUGAGACUGACGCCAUGGACUCGACACCCGUCAGCGAUACUGAGACGGUGGUUCGUGCAGAGCCCGGUGACUUGGAUCGCCUGGUGACGCAGCUGGAGAGACACGGAACGCGCAGCGCUGAGAUGCGAUUCGGAUUGCUUCUGCUCAGGAAUGGUGUGAACAAGUGUCCCUAUGAGCUUUUCUACAGCGGGCAGUCAGAAGAUAUCUUGGUCGUUCUGGUCACGAGACCUAUGGCUGAUUUCCGUGUGGUGUCGGUGGCGGCACCAGACAGCCCAUCCACCCCUAGCCGGCUGGCGAGGAUCCUCAGGCACCCUGACCUACGCUCAGCCAUCUGGGGCGGCAGGUUUCGGGCCGACUGUUGGCCCGAGAGUCUGUUGGCCACAGUGAAAGACGCAGCUAGUGAGAUGGGCUUCCGUUUUGAUUUCAUCUCGGAUCAAACAUCAUUUGCUCGGCCUGAGGGGCUUGCCGAAGUACAAACAAUAUCAAGGCAAGGCGUGUCCAUCCGGCCACUUCUUCCAGAGCACGUCGGCACAGUGCUGCGCUAUUGGCCGUACACUGCCGAGGUGGAGUACGCACCUAAGAUGAUCGGCGAAGGUCUCGCCGCGGGAUUAUCUGCCGGAGCAUUCAUCACCGAGCCCGUCGAGCCGCCGAAGGACGGUGGAAAUGACGACCAGGAGCCCCUGCCUGCCGACGGCCUGGCCUGCUGGGCGCUGGUUAACCACGAUGGGUGCAUUGGUUAUCUACAUACACUUGCUGGUCAUCGGAAGCGCGGGCUGGCGGCGGCAGUGAUGACUGAGCUGACCCGACUCUGCGAGGCGGCCGGCUAUCCAGCGGCCUUUCAUACCAAUCACCCAGCCGUGCGGCGUAUUGCCGAAGACCUGCAGUAUGAAAAACUGUUCACAGUAUUUUGGGCGAUUUUAUCACCUCCUAGCGAACUGCCUAACAAAGAGAACUAGCCUAAUAUACCAUCAAUCAUAGAGCCUAGGAAUAAAACGUCAAGGUCCUCUCUCACCCCCUGUGUUAAAUGGUUGCAGCAAGAUUCUGUUAGUGAAACUGCCACAAAUACGGAGAACUGAGGGAACUAUGAUUAUACGAGCAUCUCACCUGUCUUAGCCAGUUUCUAUGUGAAAUAUGUAAUAUAUUAUACAUAUGCAACCGAACAAGCCAGUUUGAGCGACGCCUGUAAUUUGCAAAAAAAAA